AUGGAGAGUCCAAAUACUCCUCUCCAACCUCCCACUUUUGGGAACUUGAUCACUAUUCUUAGCAUUGACGGUGGUGGCAUCAGAGGAAUUAUCCCUGCAACGAUUCUCUCCUUUCUUGAAGCUGAGCUUCAGAAAGUAGAUGGGGAAGAAGCAAGGCUUGCAGAUUACUUUGAUGUAGUUGCUGGUACGAGCACGGGCGGUCUAGUUACUGCCAUGCUGACCGCCCCAAACAAGCAAGGUCGUCCCUUAUUUGCCGCUAACGAGAUCAAAGACUUCUAUCUUGAGCAUUGUCCUAAGAUUUUCCCUCAAGAUAAGUUUCCCUUUUCAUCUGCGAAGAAUUUGUUGAAGUCUUUAACUGGACCAAAGUAUGAUGGUUACUACCUUCACCAACUAAUUAAAGAAAAAUUAGGAGAGACAAGAUUACACCAAACACUCACCAACAUCGUAAUUCCUACUUUUGAUAUCAAACAUCUUCAGCCUACUAUUUUCACUACCUAUGAGGUGGAAAAUAGACCUCUCAAAAACGCGCUACUCGCGGAUAUUAGCAUCUCAACCUCAGCCGCCCCAACUUAUCUGCCUGCCCAUCACUUUCAAACACAAGACUCGACUGGGAACGUCAAGGAGUUCCAUCUUAUUGAUGGGGGUGUUGCAGCUAACAACCCAGCUUUGUUGGCCAUUGGGGAGGUGACGAAGGAGAUCACAAAAGGUAAUACUGAUUUCUUUCCAAUAAAACCAAAUGACUAUGCAAGAUUUCUCGUGCUUUCACUUGGGACCGGUGAUCGUAAGGUGGACAAGGCAUUUGAUGCAAGAGAAUGUGCGGGAUGGGGAAUGUUGAGCUGGUUGGCACACAACAAUUGCACGCCAAUCAUUGAUGCCUUUACACAAGCCAGCUCUGAUAUGGUUGAUCUUCAUCUAUCUACUGUCUUCCAGGCUCUUCAUUCUGAGCCCAACUAUAUUCGUAUCCAGGAUGAUACAUUAACGGGAGAUGCAUGUUCGGUUGAUAUCGCAACAGAGGAAAAUUUGAGUAAUCUGGUGAAGAUUGGGGAGAGAUUGUUGAAGAAACCUGUAUCAAGAGUAAAUCUAGAAACGGGCUGCAACGAGGAUGCCUACGAGACUACAAACGAGGAGGCUCUUAUCAAGUUAGCCCGUAUCCUCUCUAAGGAAAAGACACUUCGUGACAUUCGAUCUCCACAUGGAAAAACGCGGAAAACGAGUUAA